UUCGUCAAGUAUUCGGUCAACGUGAACGCGUUCAUUUCUUUCAUGAACGUUGCCAACACUGCAUAGUGCAUAGUGCAUUUCUGUCCACUUGUUUAGAAUAAAUAAAUUUAUCAGAUGCAGUUUUCCUUCAAUACGCAGUUGAAUUGUGCAAUCGAAACAAAUCCUCUUAAAUAACAAAAAAGUUCAAAAAUAACCGUCGACGUGAAUGACUUUAGAAAAGAAAGUGAUAUUUAAGUUUUGAAGGCAUCAGUUUUCAAUAAUAAGACGUAUCAACCCAUCAACCGAUAUGAGUAAAGAGGAAGAUAUAGAUACCCUGUCCACUGGACCGUACUUGCAGCAAAUAAGUAUGGAAACUGACGCGGAAAUUGAAUGCAUGUUGGAAAAUAUUACGAAGGGGCGUGGAGAAGAUUCUACAGCGGCACGAGAGAGUUUACUAAAAUUAUUCCUAUAUCGGAAUACACUAGAGAAAAAUCAGCGCAAGAAGGAAUGUGAACUGCUAAGAAUAAAAAUUGGUUCCCUGACAUACAAAUUGGAGUCAGACCCAGAGCGUGAACAGUACCGUAGAACAAACGCGGUGCUCACUUUGAGGUUAUAUGUGGAGCAGCUGAGAAGGAAAUUCCGCGAAGAAAGCAAAAUGCCACGUAAAGAACAAAUGAUCAGAGAUCUACAAUCGGUUAACGAAAAUGUCACUUCCCCUAACAUAUCCAUCGAAUACAUCGAGUGGCUUUGGCUUUUGAAAUGCUCAAGCUAUAGGCCAGCCCGGGACUUACGUAAAAUGGCUAAGAAAAAUUUCGGAAAAACGACAGAUUUUGUAGUACUUCUUAGUUUGCUUUCGAGCGAAGUGAGCCACACCAUGCGAUAUCCACCAGAUAUGCUAACCCUGAAACUUGGGUUAAAAGCUCUUGGUCUAGACUCGAAGCGUAUGGAGGUUGCCGUCGAGACUUUACAUCAUGAUCCGUUUCCGUUGAAGAAAACAAGCUCAAAAAAGAAACGUUACGUGAAUACAAAUUCUUUGCCAGCUUUGAAAGCACAGCCAAGAAAACGUGUGAAAUUGGACCGAUCUAAGUUUCGCUCACAAUCAGAUACAGAUUCUUCAUCAGCUUGAAUAAUGAAUAGUGAACCUUUAUUUUAUUGAACGGGUCAUCCGCACUUAUCAAUGAUCAGAAUUUAUUUUGUUUGCAUGAAUAUUUCAAUAAACUUAUUAUUAUUCAAUCUA